CUUAUACAAUAAAAAUCGUCUCUCAAAAAUUACAUUUGUGGCUAAUUUAAUCUUAGUAUUUGUUUCUCUUUCGGACUAUGGAUGACUACGAAACAGUUUUGCUUAUUAAACAUGAAGUUUUUGUGUUCAAAAUUCCCCCGAGAGCUACAAAUCGUGGAUACAGGGCUGCAGAUUGGAAACUUGAUGCUCCUGACUGGACAGGUAGAAUGAAGGUAGUGUGCAAAGGAAAAAAAUGUAUUAUCAAAUUAGAAGACAAAACAACAGGGGAACUUUUUGCUGAAAGCCCUAUUGAUAAAUAUCCAGGAAUUGCAGUGGAAGCAGUAAUGGAUUCUAGUCGUUAUUUUGUUUUGAGGAUUGAAGAUGUAAAUGGCAGAGCUGCUUUUAUAGGAAUUGGUUUUGCUGAUCGUGGAGAUUCAUUUGAUUUAAAUGUAGCACUUCAGGAACAUUUCAAAUGGUUAGAAAAAAGUGAAGAAAUAGAAAAAGGUUUAGAUGCAUCUGAAGGGAAGCCAAAUCUAGAUUUGGGAUUUAAAGAAGGUCAAACAAUCACUAUAAAUAUGAAUAUUGGUAAAAAAAGUGGUAGCUCUAAACCACGCCCUAAAACCAGUUCUCUUGCUGGGGUUCCUGGACUUUUACCUCCACCUCCUGGUGGUAUAAAACUUCCCCCACCUUCUUCAAGCAAACCCACCAUCUCUCAGAGCUCCAUGCCUUCUGUAAAAAUGCCACAAACAGCUGCUUCAAAUGUUAGUAGCAGCAGUGAUCUGUUAUUAGAUCUUGGAACACCAGCUACAGAUGGAGAUUUAGUACAGAAUACAUCCAAUUCAUCGCAGCAAAACUCUGGGGCUGAUCUUUGGGGAGAAUUCACGACUGCAUCUGCAUCUAGCUCUGCAUCUGGAAAAACUGAAGUUUCUACUGAAAACUGGAUGAAUUUUUAGUCAAUAUGAUUUAUAUAAUAAAUAUCAAAUUUGUAGCAUUUGGACAGUAAGACAUAGUAUCUUUGAUCAAUUUUAAGAU